GGUCGUUUCAUGCACUGUGCUACUACCUCUUUUAGCUACCAUCAUUGUUUUCGUCUCGGCCACUAUGUUGCCGCUGAAUUCCCUGAGAUUGAAGCUCGCUGGGACGAAGUUGUCGCCGGACCACAUCGUAUACGAUGCAGAGGAUAUUGAGUUCGAGACCUUAUGGUGGUUCGUUUAUGCUGGGGUUUCUUGCCUUCUCGUCCUCUUCGCUGGCAUCAUGUCUGGUCUCACCCUCGGCCUUAUGUCUCUGGGCAUCGUUGACCUUGAAAUUCUCCAGCGCAGUGGCACCACCACAGAGAAAAAGCAAGCAGCUGCUAUAUUACCAGUUGUUCAGAAGCAGCAUCAACUGCUCGUUACUUUGCUUCUCUGCAAUGCUUGUGCCAUGGAGGCAGUUCCAAUUUACCUUGACAAAAAUUUUCACCCUCUUGUGGCAGUAAUAUUGUCUGUAACAUUUGUUCUGGCUUUUGGAGAGGUUAUCCCACAAGCUAUAUGCUCAAGAUUUAGGCUCUCUGUAGGCGCAAAUUUUGUGGGGGUGGUGCGUAUUUCUGAUGAUAAUCUGGUAUCCAAUCGCUUAUCCUAUUGGAAAGGUAAUGUCAAAAUUUGCAAGUUUGCUUGAACAUAUUAUUUGAAUUUUGUAUCGCAUUCUGACAUAGCAUGAAGCAAAGUUCAUAUAGCCUAUUUCACUUGAAAAGGUCAUGGCUUUUUCAGCAUAUAGUUUUUUAAUAAUUAUGGUUGUUUUGAA